AGAAGAAGACGUGUCUGAAACGCCUUAUCCCAGAUCAGUUUGCUCAGGUCUUAACGUUCUAACCUUGACCUCACACUGACCCCAGAACUGCCGUUCUUAAUCAGGUGUUUCUCCAUGAAACUUCCGUGUGUUUAGCAACAGCGGUUCCGUAAAGGUUAAAGCCAACAUGAGCGCUCUGUUUCAGAACCUGGGCUGCUGGCUGGUUCAGAGUAAAGUCCUCCAGAACCGAGCCAUCAGACUCGCUCGCAGUUUAAUUGGAAGGGAAGCCGGGCGGAAACACGCGCUGUCAGCGCGGACAGAGCUCUGCUACCUGGUGCACGCCAGCCGGUGGCACACCUGCAGAGGAACACAGUGGUUGAAGCUUCACAGCUCCAGAUCGUUUUCCUCACUGCCCUCAUCAGGCGACAAGUCCAAGAAGUCAGGGCCUGUGACGUGGAAAUCUUUAGCGGUGACGUUUGCUAUCGGAGGGGCUCUGCUGGGAGGGAUGAAAUAUUUCAAGAAGGAAAAAGAGGAGUUGAUUGAGAAGGAGCGGAACAAGUCGCUGGGCCGGCCGGCGCUGGGCGGCCCGUUCUCCCUCAUCGAUCACAACAACAAGCCGUCCAGGAGUGAAGACUUCCUGGGCCAGUGGAUCCUGAUUUACUUUGGCUUCACGCACUGCCCAGACAUCUGCCCCGACGAGAUCGAGAAGAUGAUCGAGGUGGUGGAUGAGAUAGACAGAAUCAAGACUCUUCCAAACCUGACGCCCAUCCUGAUCACCAUCGACCCAGACAGAGACACUGCAGAGGCCAUGGCUGCGUAUGUGAAAGAGUUUUCCCCGAAGCUGAUUGGGCUGACGGGGUCGGUGGCUCAGGUGGAGCAGGUGUCCAGAGCGUACCGCGUCUACUACAGCCAGGGGCCGAAGGACGAAGACAACGACUACAUCGUGGAUCACACCAUCAUCAUGUACCUGGUGGGACCCGACGGAGAGUUCGUCGAUUACUUUGGGCAGAACAAGCGCAGCGCCGAGAUCAGCGGCGCCAUCGCAGCUCACAUGAGGAAGUACCAGAAACAGAAGUGAUGAGGGGGCGGGGCUUAAAGCCCAGCAUGAACUGACUGACCUCAGGCGUCUCACUGCUGCUGUCUUAUAUUAUUACUUUGUGUCUUUUUACUCAUUUGCUGUUUUUAUAUCAGGAUUUCUUCUCAGCCAAUUAAAUGAUGUCAUUCA